UGAUCACCAAGUCAAACUCAGCAGCUCUCCUCUUCAACAUGUACAAGUCAAUGACCCUUUUGGUUUUGGUGGCUUUGGCUGCUUGCGUUGUCUCCAUGGAGGCCCAGGACCAGGAAGCUGCUGAGCAAUACUACAGCAUUUACGGUGUUUACCCCAGUUGGUACACCUAUGGUGCCACAGCCUUCAAUGGAGUUCGCAAUUACCCUUACCCUUACUACCCUACCGGCUUCCCAUUCGCCACCUACCCAAACACUGUUGUUAAGACCUACCCCACCGCUGCCACUAGCGUCAAGAAUGUUGCCACAACUUAUCCUGUCUACCCCUUCGGAUUUGGAUUCAACCCCUACCCGUACGCUGCUCCUUAUGGCGCUGCUCCUUAUGCCGCUGCUGCCCCUGUUGAAACCCCCGUCAAGGCCUAAGUUAUCCGUUACGUAACCGCCCAACACGAUCAUCAAUGACCAGAGCUGUGCUCGAGUUCAAUUUCUUCACUUUAAUUCAUCUGUAGCUGACACA